AUGGUCAGCACGCCGAAUGCUGGGCUGGCGGGUGUGUCUGGGCUGCUGAGUUUCAGCAGUGGCACGUCGUCCACCGGCAGCUCCGGGAACUUGAUCCUGGGCUCGGUGACGGCCGCCGGUGGCAACGGUGGCUCCAUUCUGAUGACCGUCGGAUCUGGCAACACGGGCACUGGCGGCGUCGUGUCCAUCAAGGCCGGCGCGAGCACGGAAGCAACCACUGGUGUUGGCGGAAGUGUGUACCUGAGCGGUGGCACUGGCGUGGCGACCGGAGGGUCUAUAAGUUUGAUUCCUGCUCAACAUCGGGUACUGGCGGCGCCUUAG